AGUGAGAAAGUACAUCUGAAGCAUACUCUACACAGGCUUCAGCAAAGACAUGCUCAAGAUGGAAGUGUUUAACUGGAAAAAGACAAACUGCCGCACUAUUCUGGCUCUGGCCUCAGUCAUGUGUACCGUUAUUUUCCGAGGUGUGACCUGCCAAGAGAACACCAUUACACAUCUUUCUCUUAACAUCAGCAAAGAAAGUCAUGACAGUAAUGCCAGCAUUAGGGCAAAUGUGCGUGGAGACAUUCCUCACCCACAAGAAGUCCCAGGAGCAGACAAUCCUCAACGUGUGGUUGAAUUUCCAACACAAAUCGAUUUGUCUCCUACCAAUGAGUCCAGCAGAGAGGCAAAACCUGAAGACACGCACAUCACACCACCCCCAUAUCACGUCAUUAUUGCUGCAAAUUACAGCCUCUCACAGACUAGCAAAGUGGUGUGUGUGGAUGAAGCUCCGGUGAGAGACAAAGAUGCAGUGAAGCUGAAGCUGAAGACCGUCUCUUACUGUGAGGAAAACAAGGCGAAGAUUCAGAGCAUUCUGGAACAUCUGUGUGGUGAUAGCAGCAAGAUUGAACUCUAUCAGGAGGCCCGCACUAAUGAGAUGAUCAUAUCUGGUGAAUGUGUGGAAGGUGAUGUCAAAGGAAUGACCGACAAGUUUGACAAUGAUAAUAUCAAAGAUAAGGUUGGCAUUAUAAAGGCAGAGCCCAUCUUGGUGAAUCACUCUCAAAUCGUCCUGAUCUCAGUCCUCAUUGCUGGUCUGUUACUGGCUGCUCUUCUCAUUGCUGCAUACAUCCUGAAAACCUGCAACACAGAGGCCAAAGGAGCACGUCUGGCUGAAGAGUUGUUCCAGGUGGAUGAACAGAACCAAGGCAAUACUCUAUUGUCUGUAGCCCCACUGCCCCCUCAAGAACCAGUAGAAAAGCCCACCAGCAAUGGCGAGUCCUUAGAUUCACCCCCCACUAAUGGCCACUCAGCUACCCAAACACCAGUAGCUGAUUCUGAGAUGUAAAUGCUGGCUCCAUCAAAUGUGAGGAAGGAUGGAAGAUGAAUACCCACCUCAAUUUAUACAAUUCCAAUCCCCUAUAAAAGAAGAUCUCAAUGGAGGAAUCAAUAAUGAAGACUAUAUUGAAGAUAUGACAAUGAUAAUUUCAAGGGUAAAAUAUGCGGUGAAUGAAGAUAACAGUGAUAAUGAUGCCUCAACUUGUACUGUGAAGACACUGACCACUGGUUAAACCAGCCAUUUCCUGAGCCAAAGGAGAGCUCAGCAUCCAGUGCUGCCAAUGCUACAAGUAGUAUACGGAAAAUGCUUUCAACAUGAAUCACGGAAAAAAAAAUAGUCAUUUUCCAUUCUUCCUACUAUUACUACAUUUGAUGUACUAACCCUAUUUCCAGAAAAGUUGGGAUAUUUUCCAAAAUGCAAUGAAAACAAAAAUCUGUGAUUUACUAAUUCGCGUGAACCUUUAUUUUGCUGACAAAAGUACAAA